AUGGAUUACAUAGACCCAGUAACAACUCAAGAGCCUACCACAGAGUCUCAGAUUUCUAAUACCACCAAUACUUCUUCUGCUGCACCCCAUGAUACAGCCACUAUCAAAACCGAAGAAACAAUCGAGAAGUUAGAAUCAGAAAUUGAUAAGGCAUAUGUAUUAGUUGAACAUAAAUUUCAAGAAUUAUGGGAAAAUGCAUCGAAAAACGCCGAAAAGUAUCACUUGGAGGAAUAUAAACAAAAUUUUAUCGAACAAUUGAAUACUACGAAACAAUCGUUAAAUGAAAAGACUUCAGAAUUACACGUUCAGGAAAGUUUAAAAUCAAUUGAAGAUCAAUUGAAGAAAAUCAAAUUACAAGAUAUUUCCACUCAAGCAAAUUCUGCUUUAGAUGUAUUAGAUUCUAAAUUGGAAGUUGUUGAAAGAGAAGCUGGUAAAUAUUUUGGUAAUUUCACGACGUUUUUAUCUAAUAUUGUAUCUAUUUCACCAGGCGACGACAGUACCAACAACAACAACAAUGCUAACCAAAAAACAAAAGAAGUGUUGUUCAACUCCUCUUUGAAUCAAUAUAAUAACUACGGGACAACACGUUAUGAUACUGAUUUAUUGAAAUUACAUACUACUGAAGAAUUUUACCUUAGUGAUGAAUUAGAUGAUGAAAAUGAGAUUAAGAAUUUCAAUGCCGAUGAAAAAACUAAAGAAAUCAGUGAUUUAUUGGAAAAAUAUUCGACUACACUCACUAAAACAAUGAAUGAAUUGGUGCCUGUCAAGAUUGCAUAUAAUUUGUUCUGGUACAGAUAUUUCAAACAAGAAAAUAAAUUGAAGGAACACGAAAAGAAAAGAAAAGAAUUAUUGCAAAAGAAGGAAGGGUCUAAACAUAAUCAUGUUGCCGCAGAUGGAGACGAUGAAGAGGACUUUACUUGGGACGACGAUGACGAGGAAGAGGAAGAAGAAGAAGCAGAAGAGAAGAAAGAAUCGACUGGUGGUAAAUCAACCAAAGAGGCGGUUCCAGAAAAAGAAAGCAGCAAAAACGAUACAACAGCGAAGGCAGCUGAAGACGAGGAAGAUGAAGAUUGGGAAUGA